CCGCCAGCUGAGUCCGUGGCAGCCCGGGACGCCGUUUCCCCGCCCAUCCCCGUUCCCCGUGGCCGGCCGCCCGGCCAUGGCGCAGCCGGGCCCGGCUCCCCAGCCUGACGUUUGUCUUCAACAACGGGUAGCAGAAUUGGAAAAAAUAAAUGCAGAAUUUUUACGUGCACAGCAGCAGCUUGAACAAGAAUUUAAUCAAAAGAGAGCAAAAUUUAAAGAGCUAUAUUUGGCUAAAGAGGAGGAUCUGAAGAGGCAAAAUGCAGUGUUACAAGCUACACAAGAUGACUUGGGACACCUUCGAACACAGCUGUGGGAAGCUCAGGCAGAGAUGGAGAAUAUAAAAGCAAUUGCCACGGUCUCUGAGAAUACCAAACAGGAAGCUAUAGAUGAAGUGAAAAGGCAAUGGAGAGAAGAAGUUGCUUCACUUCAGGCUGUCAUGAAAGAAACAGUUCGUGACUAUGAACACCAGUUUCACCUUCGGCUGGAGCAGGAACGAACACAGUGGGCACAGUAUCGAGAAUCUGCAGAGCGGGAAAUAGCUGAUUUAAGAAGAAGGUUGUCUGAAGGUCAAGAGGAAGAAAAUUUAGAAAAUGAAAUGAAAAAGGCCCAAGAGGAUGCUGAAAAACUUCGAUCUGUCGUGAUGCCCAUGGAGAAGGAGAUUGCAACUUUGAAAGAUAAACUGACUGAAGCUGAAGACAAGAUUAAAGAGCUGGAGGCCUCAAAGGUGAAAGAACUGAAUCAUUAUCUGGAAGCUGAGAAAUCUUGUAGAACUGAUCUAGAGAUGUACGUAGCUGUUUUGAAUACUCAGAAAUCUGUUCUACAGGAAGAUGCUGAGAAACUGAGGAAAGAAUUGCAUGAAGUUUGCCAUCUCUUGGAGCAAGAGCGACAACAACACAACCAGCUAAAACAUACAUGGCAGAAGGCCAAUGACCAGUUUCUGGAAUCUCAGCGUUUACUGAUGAGAGACAUGCAGCGAAUGGAGAUCGUGCUUACUUCAGAACAGCUCCGACAAGUUGAAGAACUGAAGAAGAAAGACCAGGAGGAUGACGAACAACAACUGCUUAAUACAAGAAAAGAUCACAAAAGAACAGAUACUGAAGAAGAAGUCAAAGUACCAGUAGUGUGUGCUUUAACUCAAGAAGAAUCUUCAGCCCCAUUAUCAAAUGAAGAGGAGCACUUAGACAGCACCCAUGGGUCAGUGCAUUCCUUAGAUGCAGACUUGCUGCUGCCAUCUGGAGACCCAUUCAUUAAAUCGGAUAAUGACAUGUUUAAAGACGGACUCAGGAGAGCUCAGUCUACAGACAGCUUGGGAACCUCAGGCUCAUUGCAAUCCAAAGCUUUAGGCUAUAACUACAAAGCAAAGUCUGCUGGAAACUUGGAUGAGUCGGAUUUUGGACCACUGGUUGGAGCAGAUUCCGUGUCUGAGAACUUUGAUACUGCCUCCCUUGGGUCCCUGCAGAUGCCAAGUGGGUUCAUGUUAACCAAAGAUCAGGAAAGAGCAAUUAAGGCAAUGACACCAGAACAAGAGGAGACAGCAUCCCUCCUCUCCAGUGUCACCCAGGCUAUGGAGACUGCUUAUGUUUCCCCAAGUGGCUACCGCUUAGUCAGUGAGACAGAAUGGAAUCUCUUGCAGAAAGAGGUACAUAAUGCUGGAAAUAAACUUGGUAGACGUUGUGAUAUGUGUUCCAAUUAUGAAAAACAGUUACAAGGAAUUCAGAUUCAGGAGGCUGAAACAAGAGAACAGGUGAAAAAGCUGCAGAUAAUGCUAAGGCAAGCUAACGACCAGCUAGAAAAGACAAUGAAAGAUAAACAGGAACUAGAGGACUUCAUCAAGCAGAGCACCGAGGACUCCAGCCACCAGAUCUCUGCACUUGUCCUAAGAGCUCAAGCAUCUGAGGUGUUACUUGAAGAGUUACAACAAGGCUUUUCCCAGGCAAAGAGAGAUGUUCAGGAGCAGAUGGCAGUGCUUAUGCAAUCACGGGAACAUGUUUCAGAAGAGCUGGUGAGGUUACAGAAGGACAAUGACAGCCUCCAAGGCAAGCAUAGCCUGCAUGCAUCAUUACAGCAAGCAGAAGACUUCAUCCUCCCAGACACUAUAGAGGUGCUCCGGGAGCUGGUGUUAAAGUACCGUGAGAACAUCAUCCAUGUGCGGACAUCAGCUGACCACAUGGAAGAGAAGCUGAAGGCUGAAAUACUUUUCCUAAAAGAGCAGAUACAAGCAGAACAGUGUUUAAAAGAAAACCUCGAGGAAACUCUGCAACUAGAAAUAGAAAACUGCAAGGAAGAAAUAGCUUCCAUUUCUAGUCUAAAAGCUGAAUCAGAAAGAAUAAAAGUCGAAAAAAUACAGUUGGAAUCUACAUUAAGAGAGAAGUCACAACAGCUCGAGAGUCUCCAAGAAAUAAAGGUCAACUUGGAAGAACAGAUAAAGAAAGAGACUGCUGCUAAGGCUACUGUUGAACAACUAAUGUUUGAAGAGAAGAACAAAGCUCAGAGAUUACAGACAGAAUUAGAUGUCAGCGAACAAGUCCAGAGAGAUUUUGUCAAGCUUUCUCAGACCCUUCAGGUGCAGUUAGAGCGGAUCCGGCAAGCAGACUCCUUGGAAAGAAUCCGGGCGAUUCUGAACGAUACCAAACUGACAGACAUUAACCAGCUCCCUGAGACAUGACACCGUAAUAGCAGGAUUACAGCCUGCACUUUGGGUUUUUAACUCAUCUUUAGAGCAACAUUAAUUAUUAUUUAACUCUUAACUAAAGAGGCAGAACUCACAGCAAAAGGAAGACUCCGGAGAAACACUUGUCGGCUGGGAGAAGACUGCAACACAGGGAACAGCCACCAGACCUUUCAAAUGGGAACACUAAAGGGACACCAGACUUGAUUCCAACAGGUGUGGGAUCCGAUUUGGUGAUGAAAAAUGUGCUGUUUCCUUGCUUGCUUUCUCCAACAGAGUUUGGAACACAUUUUCCUAUCUGAAAGCAACUUCCCAAUAGUGUUUGGAAUUAUGUUUUCUGUUCAAAUCCUGGGGAAGAGUUAUUUUUUUCUUUUCUGUUGUCUAGAGCCUGUCAGUAGCAGUGUUCAGCUAGCAGACAGAGGUGUAGUGUGCUGUAUGAGUAUUUUAUAUUAAAAUAUGAAGUGUGAGAGCAGGCCCACCCGUUGGCUACUGACUGUAUUUCCCUCACUCAGUACGUUUUCUUUCUUUUCUUUUCUUUUUUUUUUUUUUUUUUUUUUUUUUACCAUUUUCUCUUUCAUUGGACGACCUUAAAUGCUAUUGAAACUCGCCCAAGAACCACAGAAUGUGGCAAACAAAAACAAUUCAAGAACAGAAUUAGAAUUUGAACUCUUGGCUGAAGCCAUAUAUAUGUUGGAAGUUGAGUUUAAAGGAAAAGCACAAGAAACUUUGGAAGCACUUUUUUUUUUUCUCCAUACCUGGAUGAUCUUGUAGGCCCACAGGUACUAGAGUAAAAGUGAGCUGAUGUCAUAUACGUUUUUUAAAACUGUUUUUAAUUAUUGGAUCAAUGGAAAAAGUAUUAAUAAAAAAGCUGUGUCUGAUAACAUCCAGUAUAAAAUGUAUAGGUCUGCUUAUUUUCAGCUUGGAUCAGUGGUGUUACAGACAUGACAAAGUGGUUUGACAUUAUUCUCUCUAUAUAUUCUUUUAUAAGUUAGACCCAGUGUGAGCACUAUGCUUACAGUGAAGUUGGAAAAACCAGUCAGUGUACUGUCAGCUUGCUUUGUUCUUUUCUAAAAGGUGAGAUUCCUUUCCUAUGUGGAGAAAACAUCAGAACAGGUUCUUUCCCAGUUUUAUGAAGUAGAACAGAAAUCACAAGAGAAUGGAUUGUGUUGCCUACUGCAGACUGACUAUUCUGAGAGCAGCCACAGGACAGCCAUAUUGUUUAAAUUCU